AUGUCUUCCUCCUACCAACCAAAGCAAGUGACCCAAUAUGAGGCAUCACACCUGGUCGAGUUGAUGGGAAAUAUCAGCAAAACCAUCAUUGAUUUUUCUCUUGAUCUAAUUCCUCCAUUCCAAUCAACUGAUCUCGUUCACGACAAUGCGUGCGGCGCCGGAGUUGUCUCUCAGGCUAUCAUGGCAAAAAUGUCACCAUCUGGUAAAGGUCUGCGUAUUCAGGCAACCGAUAUCAACCCAAAAUUCGUGAUAGCUUGUGAACAAAUGGCAAAACUGAACAAGUGGCCUCUAGAGGCGCACACAAUGGAUGCACGCGAUCUUGAUUUCUCGAACAACCAUUUCUCUCACUCGUUCAACAACUUCGCUUUCCACUCCAUGGAUGUUGCUAGGCAUGGUUUGAAGGAAGUACACAGAACCCUAAAGCCGGGGGGUUUUACUAUGGUAUCCGCGUGGAAUGGGAUGCCACACAUAGAUGCCCUCAAGCACGCCAAUCGUCGGACACGUGGAGAGGAUGCCCCUCUCCCGAUGCUGCUUCAAGACAUUUCCUUCGAGGAGGACCAAAUGAAGAAGGCACUGAAUGAUGCUGGGUUCGAUCCUAGCAAGACAAGGAUCUAUCACAAGGAUGCAUCUAUUGUCAUUCCAGACAUAAGGCGAUGGGCACAGUUGGCAUGGAGCUACUUGGGCGUUCUUCCGUCUGGGUGGCUUCAAGGAGAUGAAGAUAAGUGGGAGGAGGCACUCGAUGAUAUCGUGGAACAGCUUCUUCAUAGCGAUGGGAUUUCCAAGAACGAGAAGGGCGAGACUGUCAUGCGAUUCGCAGGAUGUGUUGCCAUUGCUACCAAGGAAGGUUGA